GGCGCAGUUGCUGGGCGGCGGGCGGCGGGACGCACCCGGCUGGGGGCUGGGGUGGGACCCGGCGCGCGCCAUGGAGCUGCUGACCGCGCUGAGUCUGGGCGAGCUAGCGCUCAGUUUCUCGCGGGUGCCGCUUUUCCCCGUCUUCGACCUCAGUUACUUCAUCGUCUCCAUCCUCUACCUCAAGUAUGAGCCAGGCGCAGUGGAGCUGUCCCGGCGCCACCCCGUGGCGUCCUGGCUCUGUGCCAUGCUGCACUGUUUCGGGAGUUACAUCCUGGCUGAUCUGCUCCUCGGGGAGCCCCUGAUUGACUACUUCAGCAACAACUCCAGCAUCUUGCUGGCCUCAGCCGUCUGGUACCUGAUUUUCUUCUGCCCCCUGGACCUCUUUUACAAGUGUGUCUGCUUCCUGCCGGUGAAGCUCAUCUUCGUCGCCAUGAAGGAGGUGGUGCGGGUCCGCAAGAUUGCUGUGGGGAUCCACCACGCGCACCACCACUACCACCACGGCUGGUUCGUCAUGAUCGCCACCGGCUGGGUCAAAGGCUCUGGCGUCGCCCUCAUGUCCAACUUUGAGCAGCUGCUCCGAGGAGUCUGGAAGCCAGAGACCAAUGAGAUCUUGCACAUGUCGUUCCCUACCAAGGCCAGCCUCUAUGGAGCCAUACUCUUCACCCUCCAGCAGACCCGCUGGCUCCCAGUGUCCAAAGCCACUCUCAUCUUUAUCUUCACCAUGUUCAUGGUGUCCUGUAAGGUGUUCCUGACGGCCACUCACUCCCACAGCUCCCCUUUUGAUGUUCUGGAGAGCUACGUCUGCCCUGUCCUGUUUGGGACAGGUUUGGGGGGUGACCAUCACCACAAUAACCAUGGUGGGGCCCACGGAGGGGCCCACGGUGGCAGUGGACCCGGCUCCCCGCACUCAGCUAUGGCUGCCAAGUCCAAAGAAGAGCUGAGCGAGGGCUCCAGGAAGAAGAAGACCAAGAAGGCGGAUUAGGGGGCAGCCUGAGGGGCCUGCGGGGUGGUGGGGAGAGGACCCGGACCCAGAACCCUCAGAGCCAGGGGUGGGGGAGUUGUCCUGGGCUCAUCUCUCCUCUCGCUAGGCCUCAACUUUCCUGUCUGCAAACUGGGGCCAUCAGCCCACCCUCCAGGGCUGAUGUGAGGGGUGAGAUGAGAUAUGGGGGUGAAGGGCAUUUAUAGGAAUGGGGAUCCCUCUCUGCCAGGGCCAUGUAGAGUUACAGAUUUGGGGAGGGUAGGCCCCAGAAUCCUGGCAGUGGCUCCAGCCAGAAACCCUGGCAGUUAGAUCCUUGGUUCUAUUAUUUCCUCUCUGAAAUUAAGUUUUGACUCCAAAAGAAUUUCAAGCCGCGUUGAGACUCAUUCACUUGAGGGAUGAUUCCUGAUUACCUCCUGCGAGGCAGCUGCUCUGAUUUCCACGUCUUCCUGCCGACUCCUCCUGGGAGUCCCUAGGCAAGGUGCCUCCUUCUCUGAGUCUUGCGUUUCCCAUCUGUAUAGUGGGGACCCCAGCCCUCCUCUGUACACAAGGGCUGAUACAAGGCUGGACGUGAACCAGCCUUAUAAGCUCAGAAGCACCGUGUAGUCGGGAGGAGAGGCCAUGACAGGUGUUCACUAUGCUUGAAAACAGCUUUGCAUUUUAGAGCCUAUGUGUUUGUGGAUCGGAGAACCCCACAAGUUACUUGGCAUACCUGGCACCAAAGAGGCCUUUGGGAGACACGUCUAGGCCAGACUCGAGAGCUUGGAGCGUGGGAAAGGCUUGUACUGAUCCUUGGCUUCGGGCUGCCCCCAAACCAAAGAAAUGUAGCUGGCUGGGUGGGGGUUCCAACGUCCAGCUCUGUUCAGGGGCUCUAAGCACUUGCUUUUUGGUCUCUGAAAGCAUCAGGCCUUCCUCAGGCUGCCAUCCGUCAUUGCCGUUCACUCAGUUACUCAACAAACAUGCUGCUGCCUACUCUGUACUGAGCCUUGUGCUGCUGCUGGGUGGGCUGGGAACUUGCUUCAGGGUGAGCUAGGGGAAUGGUAGCUGAGGGCCCCUUCCAGCCACCUCCAUCUCAUUCUAGGUCACCAGGACAUCCGAGAGGGGUGGGUGGGUGGCAAAUGGCCAGUGUCAGGUAGGGUUUGGGCCCCGAUCAGGCUGGCUUGAGGCUGCCCUGUGCACAUGGGUGCUCAGGGCGAGC